UUGGGGAGCAAUGGUGAUGGGGAGGGUUGAGGUAGUGUGAACAUGGUGUCGAACACGGGUGAUGCGAGCGAUACACACUUGUGACUCGGGUGGUUGAGAUGGGGGUGCGUGGUGGAGGAAGGCAGGGAUCCUUUGAUAUCGAUAUCCUCUUUAUAUAAACUGAUCUCUAUCCCGAUAUGUAUGUGACCCCAUGUACCACUCGGAACUAUCACCCGUCGAUCUGCGGAGACUUGAGACCUUCUCUCGGUUUGUCAAUCAUUGACCCGAAACAUUCCGUCGAAGUGGAAAACUCAGGAUCGGCUCUCCAGUACAAUCUGCAUUGGUUCGCAGAUGGGAAG